AUGUCCAACCAAACGCCAAGAAUUGACCCGAGCCAAAUAAGCAAUACUCAGCACUCAGUGUUUCGUAUCAUAGCCAAGGUGUUAGAUCAACCACAACCAAAAGAGUUAAUCCUACAAUCUCCAACAACCAAUGGAGAAAUGAUAACGCUAUCACAAGUGAAACUGUCACAAGGAAGUAACAUUGAGGUUGGAUCCUGGUACGAAUUUGUUUGCAGAAAUGUCGAUACCGGUGAUAUUGGGUUGAUGGUGCUUGAUUCUGUGAAAUGUGAGCUGAAAGAAGGUGAAGAGAUCAGUGUUUCUGGUAUAGUUGCAUUACAACAAUUGAGUGGCAAGUUCCCAGAUUUGUACUAA